AGUCUAUUCAUCCAGAGCACCACGACUCACCAUGGCAGCUAAUGAUUACCGAGGCUACCUGAGGAACCACGCCGACAUGGAGGGCGCUCAGUCCCGCUACCACCCGUCCCAUGGCUCGGAACCCAAAUAUAGACCGUUUAUAUUCGUUACUCUGGCUGUUAUGGGAUUGCUGCAGAUUGCAUCGAGUGUGGCGAUCUUGUUACACUUGACAGGUUAUCUCCAAGAGGUCGAUCUCUCCUCUGCAACGCAGCAGCCAAUGGAGGACGUGCAGACGGAAACCAUCAUGUUCGAUGCCCUGAAGGACCCGAGGAAAGGCAGACAGCGCUGCAAGAACCAGGGGAGGGAGGGGCUUCCAUCAGCUCAUCUACCAAUCAGAGCAACUAUAGACUAUGUGAAGAAAGGGGAGCUGAGAGCAGCUAUGAUCCAUUGGGACGAGGCGCAGGGCCACCUGAAGAAGAUGCGUUACCAUGACGGCCGUCUCCUGGUGGAUGAGCCAGGCCUGUACUCCGUCUACGCCAAGACCUGUUUCCGCUACUACGACCUGGGACCUGAGACAGAGCCUGGCGAUGCCACGCCCCAGGCCGUGGACGUGAACAACGCCCAGCUCAUCCAGUACAUCUCGCACGAGAAACACACGUCCCUGCCCAGCAAGUCUGUGGUGCUGAUGAAGACAGGCAGCACCAUGCGCUGGAAUAACUCCCAGUAUAACAUGUACUGUGCCCAGCAGGGCAGGGGGGUGAUGCUACAGCAAGGGGAUGGACUGUUUGUUAAUGUGUCCAAUGCCUGGAUGCUGGAUCCUGAACCAGAGGGGACGUACUUUGGGGCGAUCAAGAUAGGGAACUGAAACCGCGUACAGAGGAGGAGGAGGAUGUGCUACUGAACGUUCUAUAGACGUAACUGCCAAAGAACCACUGAGAGAGAGACAGAGCACUUGUUGUAUGUAACAUUACUGAAUUUGUAUUUGAUGUGUUUUAGUUUUUAUUGAAAGGAAUGGGCUAUGUUGCUCUUCACCAGAUAGAGAAUUAGGAUAUGCAGUAAUUUAAGUGAGGUGAUAUGGAUACCUUCGUUCACUCACUAGGCCUCAACAAAACCCAUAUGCCGUUCACACAGACUUACCCUGUUCCUUAAGGUCCAAAACUGCACAGGAUGCUUUAAACAUUUUAUAAAGUUGAUAGUUAUCAACCAUUUUAGAUUGUUGAUGUUUCUCAUUCCAGGGAGCACUUUUGAAAAAUGUUGUUACGAUGUGUUUUUAAAGUAUAGCAGUGUGGAUCCUAUCUUCUGUUUAUCAGCCGACACAAAGUCAUUCCUCAUCGCUAGUCUGGCCCCUCAUAGUUUACAAAACAUUGUCAUCGUCCUGAACAGAAGCACAGCUGGGGUAUUUUGUUUAUAACUGAGGAGAGUUUCCACCAGUGAACUCUUUGGUACACUCUUAGAAAAAAGGGUUCCAAAAGGGUUCUUCGUCUGUCCCCAUAGGAGAACACUUUUUGG